GUCUUCUUUCUCUGGCCCUCAGUGGUCCCAGCUGCACAAUACAGACGUUAAGAAUGAAGGGUUGCCAGGAGACGGGCGAGACGUGUCAGGUGUUGGCCUCCGCCGUCAGGGCUGGCCUGCCGAGCCUACGGGAGCUUGACCUGCGUCUCAAUGAGCUCCAUUACACCGCAGCCAACGUGCUACUGACAAGCAUGACAAGCCCUCAAUGCCAGCUUGAGACACUGAGGCUGAAAAGGUGUGGUCUGACAUACCAGUACUGCGAGGCCCUCGCCUCUGUCCUCGAGUCAGGGGUCGCAUGCCUCCGCGAGCUGGACCUGAGUGACAACGACCUGGAUGACCACGCGAUCCAGAGGCUCGCGUCUGGCCUCACGAGUUCUAACUGUGCCCUGAAAACCCUGAGACUGGAGCAGUGUUCUCUGAUGGCUGACUCCUGCCCAGGCCUGGCGUCCACGCUGUGUUCGACCCACUGCCCCCUGACUGAGCUGGUCCUGAGCCGAAACUCCCUGCAGGACUCGGGAGUGGAAGCUCUCUGCCAAGGGCUGGAGAGUCCCAACUGUAAGCUGGAGACGCUCAGGUUAUCUUUCUGUUGCGUCUCUGAGCGUGGCUGCAUGGCCGUGGCAGCGGCCCUGACCUCGCGACCCUCCUGCCUGAGGGCACUUGACCUGAGCUACAAUCACCCCGGAGACGCAGGGAUGCGGGCACUCAGGGCAAAAGAGCAAGACCCCAACUGCCACCUCACCACCGUCAACUUUGAUCAUGGAGGAAUAUACUGUCUGACAACAGAAUUAAGAAAAUAUGCUUGCAUGCUCUCGUUUAACCCGGACACCAUGCAGUCCGAGCUCUCUCUCUCCGAGGACAGCCGAAGCGUGUCGUGCGGCGCGGAGGUCCACCGCUACCCCGACCGGCCCGAGCGCUUCGCCCUCUGCCCCCAGCUGCUCUGCGCCGAGCCGCUGUCCGGACGCCGCUUCUACUGGGAGGCGGAAUGGUCCGGAAGCCGAGCGCUGGCGGGCGUCUCGUACGGGCGCCUCGAGAGGAAAACGGCCGCCGACGUGUCCGGGCUCGGUGCCGGCGCCACCUCCUGGGCGCUGGAGUGAAGCGCGGUCGCCGCCGGCGGGUACCGGGCCUGGCACGACGAGAGGCGGGCGGACGUUCCGUCGCUGCUGCCUCGCGGCUGGUCGGCGGCGCGGCGGGUCGGGGUGUUCCUGGACUGUCCGGCGGGGACGUUAUCCUUCUACGCCGUGUCGUUAUCCUCCUCCUCCUCC